AGGAAAACUGGGAAACUGUUUCUCUUCGGUAGCGCAAGGCAAUAACACACUUUCCUCCGCCGACAAAGUGCGUUUGCAUGGAGACAGAUCGGUGUGCGAGAGUAAAGCUGUCAGGCACUCUCCUCCCAGAGCCUUAAUCUCCUGUGACACUAAAAGCAUCUUCUCAGUCACUCGCUGCAGCAGCAUUAAUAGAGGAAUAGGUUGCGGGGCCGGCAAGGAGCUUUAAGUAUUUUUUUUCUGAGGGAGAGGCAGGUUUUUGCAUAGAUAGCGGCACGCUGCCGCUUGCACGGUGCAGACAUCGCAGCAGUCAGCGCUGCUGCUCCGAGGGACUGUGACUGCGCUUGUGGCUCUGGGCUUGUCGUCCCGUCUGCUCCGGCGCUGCUCUCCCCGGGACAGCCUGGUCUGAGAGACGAGAGGCAAACAUGGCCCAAGCACCUGCUGAUUCAAGUAAUGUGGACACAGCUGAUCCAGAGGAGAGUUCUCCAAAUAUGAUAGUCUACAGAAAGAUUGAAGACAUCGUUACAAAAAUGCAGGAUGACAAAACAGGUGGAGUUCCCAUCCGCACUGUCAAGAGCUUUCUGUCCAAAAUCCCCAGCGUCGUCACUGGUACUGAUAUUGUGCAGUGGCUUAUGAAGAACCUCAGCAUUGAAGAUCCAGCAGAAGCAAUACACCUGGGGAGUCUUAUUGCUGCACAGGGUUAUGUCUUUCCGAUCUCAGACCAUGUCCUUACCCUGAAAGAUGAUGGCACCUUCUAUCGUUUUCAGGCACCAUACUUCUGGCCUUCAAACUGCUGGGAACCAGAAAACACAGAUUAUGCCAUUUAUCUUUGCAAACGGACCAUGCAGAACAAAGCUAGGCUGGAGCUGGCAGAUUAUGAAGCCGAAAACUUAGCAAGACUUCAGAGAGCAUUUGCAAGAAAGUGGGAAUUCAUCUUCAUGCAAGCUGAGGCCCAAGUGAAAAUCGACAGGAAAAAGGAUAAAACAGAAAGAAAGAUUUUGGACAGCCAGGAAAGAGCAUUCUGGGAUGUGCACAGGCCUGUGCCAGGCUGUGUGAACACCACAGAAAUGGACAUUAGAAAGUGUCGUCGUAUGAAAAACCCACAGAAGGUGAAAAAGUCAGUCUAUGGGGUCACAGAGGAGUCUCAGUCCCAAAGCCCUGUACACUUGCCCUCCCAACCCAUACGCAAAACUACAAAAGAGGAUUUCCGGAAACAAAUAGCUUUUCUGAACAUGCAGAUUGAGAGGCAUUGUUUAAAGAUGUCCAAAGUAGCAGAAAGUUUAAUAGCCUACACAGAGCAGUAUGUGGAAUAUGACCCCUUUAUAACUCCUGCUGAGCCUUCCAAUCCCUGGAUAAGUGAUGACACAGCACUGUGGGACAUUGAAAUGAGCAAAGAACCUAGUCAGCAGCGUGUGAAAAGAUGGGGUUUCUCCAUGGAUGAGGUGCUGAAGGACCCAGUAGGACGAGAUCAGUUCCUUCGUUUCCUGGAAUCAGAAUUCAGCUCAGAAAACCUCAGGUUUUGGUUGGCUGUCCAAGAUCUCAAGAAACAACCUCUACAGGAUGUAACCACUAGAGUGGAAGAAAUCUGGCAAGAGUUUCUGGCUCCUGGGGCCCAAAGUGCUAUCAACCUGGAUUCCCACAGCUAUGAGAAAACAAGCCAAAAUGUCAAAGACCCAGGGAGAUACACAUAUGAAGAUGCACAGGAGCACAUUUACAAGCUGAUGAAGAGUGACAGCUAUGCGCGCUUCCUCCGUUCCAAUGCUUACCAGGACUUAUUGCUGGCGAAGAAGAAGGGAAAGUCUCUGGCAAGCAAGCGUCUCACAGGCCUGAUGCAGUCCUCCUGAUGGCUUCAGCUGACCACCCCGUGGAAGAGACACCUGGGACUACUGCUGGGGAAGGGGCAUUUUGGGGAGAGCAAGUCCCCAUGGGGGAGAGAGCCUGAGCAAGCACAAGUGGAGAGCCACAUGCCGGGGGAGCGCCUCUCUUCAUAGUUUACAUCGACACUUUCCUUGCUGCACAGCUUCACACAAAUGCUGAGCUCUGUGCAGGUACUUUGUUUCUGACCAGGGUUUGGAGGAGCACACUUCACCAUACUCAGAAGAACAACAAGGCAAGGGCUUGCUGUCUUGUUGUUGAAGGAAAUGGACCCAGCUGCCACCUGGAGAAAGAAGAGCUGAGAGAGAUUGAUAUUUUCCCUUCAUCUCUUCUCUCCCUGGCACAAACAUGGCUGAAUAGAUGGCACUGCAAUCUCACUUGCUCCCUUUCUUGUGGCCAUCUGGACCAAAUAAAACAUCUGCUGGAAGCUGCUGCUGCUUCUCACAAAGUCUCAAAUGAGUUUCUCCUGCAGAUUCAUUGACUUUAACGUUUGUUUUUCUUUCCUUUGUCUCCCCUCCUUUAAAGAAAUGUAAAAACAAAAAAAGGCCACUGUUUAAGUUCCUCACUCGCUGUCCUUCCAAUAGCAUGUAGCAUGUCCAGAGAUGAUGGCCAGAUCCUCAGCUGAAGUCAGGAGAGCGUGAGUGAUUUUCAUCACCUGAGGAGGAUCUGCUCCACUGAGUCAGACUCUGCUCCUGGUGCAAAUCCUCUGAUGUCAGCGGAAUCGCUCUGCAUGUGUGCGUAGUGCAAACGUGAUCAGACCCUGCCUCACGCUCAGAAAGUCAUGGUUUAGAUGUGUACUGUACACACACACACACACACAGUAUUUAAAAGUGAGUUGUUUUAUAUUGUAUUUGGUUUUCUAUUUAUUUAAGGUUUUGCAUAAUUACUCAGUGAUGGAUGUUCAAACUGUACUCCAAGCACACAGAAAUGGACUCCAACUCCAGUCCCAGAGGACUAAAAUCUGCUCCUGUUGUAUACAGGGAAAGGCAACUCUCAUGUGGGCAGGUGUCAAAAUUCCAGUCUACAGUGAGGAGGGAACUGAUGGAAAUGAGUCUGGCAGAAGUAGGGUGUGAAUGGGCCGGGCACUGGGUGCCAGGUAACCCUUCCUAAACCACAGUGCACCCAUAAUGCUCAGAUAACUGACUGCACUGAGGAGCAUCAUUGUAAGAGUGAAAGUGUACCACUGGAGGAAACAAACUUCCUAAAACUCGUCUGACCUACAGCCCAUGAAUACAACUGCAAGAGCUGACCCCAUAGCUUGUUUCAACCUAUCAAGAGUGUUUGGAUGAGGACAGAAUUGAAGCAACUUCAGUUAACCCCCCCAGAUAUGCUAGCUACAGGUAGGAAGCUGGACUGCAUUCCCUUACAGUAUAUUGCCUAUAUAUGAACAUUUCAAGGCUCAAUUGACUUAGUGCCACAAACCCUCUUGUAUUUCUCAAGCAAUUCAGAUCUGAAGCAUAUGUGAAAAUAGACAUUUCUUGUUCUUCUUCACUCAUGCCAAGGCAAUUUGGCGUUUUGUGCAGGUGGUAGAAACUAAUGUAUGGUUACAAGUCUGUAUUCCUACCUAGGCAAAACCAUCUAGCAAAGUAGACAGCUGACUAUCAACAAUAUUCACUUCUGAGGCAAAUAUUAUUCUAGUAUCUAAAGUCAAUGUGUGUACAAAAUCAGGCCAGAACAGUUUCUGUCACAAAGAGGCCCUUCCCUCUCUACCCAUGACAAUUUCUCAUUGAUACCUCUUUCUUUAUCCUCCAGGAAAACUCCUGUUCCUGAUUAUACUUAAGGUCCACAAGAUCCUCUACACCUGCAUGAAUGUACAGUAGAAUAUGAUGUAUGGUAUUUGUUCUUCACAUGCACCUGUUCCCAUAGACAGCCUGUUGUCUGAGGUCUUCAGAUCUCAUUCAUCUUACAUAUACACACAGUUCCAGGACUGCAGAACCAUCGUGGAUGUGUCUGUACAUUCAUGUGGUGUCCUGCCUUUGAAGGGGACAUUUGGUCCCCUCCAAACUGUCCGUAAACAGGUCCUUGUCAGACCUGUUUGUCCUCUGUUGUCCACUCAGCCAAAGGAUCCCCUCGGGUAAUCUCAGAGUCUUCACGUAACAGGCCCAGUUGUCCAUUCAUGCAUAUUCAUACAUGUCCCUUAUGUCAGCCCUAGGAAAAUGCAAAGGCUGGUUCUUCUCAGAGCUUUGUGGAUGGUCUUUUUAUCUGUGUCAAACCUGGCCUUGCCAUGUGUCACUAGAGCUCUGUAAACCAGCAGCUGCUCACACCCCAGGGCUACCCAGCCUCCAGGCUGAGGCAUUUCCCACGGGAGGUCAGUCAUACAAACUCCCAAACCCGGUCUGCAGAGCAUUCCUGAGUGGGAUGCACAUAUAAAGCAGAGACAUUAAAGUGUUACCAGGGUGGUCUCUGCUUUGCAGUGACUUCCUUCUCCUGGGGGAAGGCUGGGUAGCCCCAUGGAGAUACUCCUCAAUGUCCUGUAGCAUGGAGGCACACAUGGGCACGAUGGGAGGAUGAUCGUGGGUGCAGGAGACAGGUGGGAUUUGGGUUAUGCUAUGUGCAGGGAGCAGCAACGCCAGACUUUAAGUUGGAGAUGUGGCACUGCUCUGGGAGCACAGUGCCUUGCUCUGUCCUUCCUGCUCUGCUGCUGCAGGGUGGUCGUGUUGGCUACCGCAGUGUUUUGCCUGUGGGGAAUAUGCUGUCUUUGAACAGUUGAGUGCAUGGAGGGAAUUUUUACAGCCACAGAGAGCAUGCAUAUGGGUGUACAUCAGGGGGCCUGGAUGCUGAACAGCUUGCCAUUUAAAUGUACACUUGUGCAAGCUAAUCUGCUCAGUAAUGGCUAGCUGAGCGGACAGAGUUGUGUAUUCUCUGGAGAGAGGAAAGCUCUGCUCCUCAUUUCCUGACUAAAUUUGUCUAAACCAAACAUGAGAGUCGACACGACCUCCUCCUGGGAACAUGUAUGAACUGCUCUUCACUUGUCUUUUACUUCACAUGUAACUACUUCCACAUGAACCGUGUCCUUGAAUUAUUGCUUUUUAAUGAUAUUGCUUAUUCCAAGUGAUGCUACUCUUGUACACUCACCAGUAUCCCACUGAGUGUUGCAAGCAGUAAUCUGCUGCUUUAUAAGCGUCCCAUGUCUUCCAACUACCUCAUCAUCCUGAAGAUGAGUUAGAAAAUCAGCUUUUCACCUCUAUUCAUGUUCUAAAUGGCAUUGUUUCAAGGAAAGGCAGUUUGGAAAGCUUUUAUGAUGUCCACAUUGUGCAAGCUUAGCUACAAAGCUUCCCAUACUUACAGGGCUAUGGCUGUGAAAUAUGGCUGUACACUGUUAUUUGGAUAAUAGAGUAUCCGGGGCAUUUGUGGCUAUUGUGGUGAAAUGGCAGCAGGACAAGCACUGGGAAGGUUCCACAAGCCUGGGCAGACAGCAUUGGGCUUAAAGCAAAUGGAUUGAUGUACUCUGAGUAUAACUCAGCACUAAGAUCCCAUAGAGUACUGUAAUAAAAUGGUAGCAGGGCAGCCAUAAAAAGUGGCAGUAAGCUGACAUAAUAAUACCAGGAUAAAUGUAGCAAUAAGGUACCACAGGCCACUGCAGCGAAGUAGCAUUUUGAUAAUGCAGCAAUAAGACACAACAGGCCCCUGCAGUAAAUUAGUCUGGGGAACAAGGCAGUAAUAAGGGUGUGCACAGACAAACGGCCAUGCAUUUGCGCCGGGUACUGCAGCAAUAAAGAUGUCCCAGUAAUAAAGUUACUACAGUAACACCACCACGAUGCACUGUAAAGUUGUAUCAGGAUGCUUCCACGCUGCAGUCAAAUCCUACAAGAGGUGGUAGUGAGACAAUGAAGACAAAAUACGCCCCCAUUUUGAGCUGCAAAAUAUGAUUUGGUUUUCAGUAGCCCAAAUUCUGGAGUGAUUUCAGCAAUACCAGUCCUGUCCUGCUUACAAGGAAGCUGGGGCAGGAGCAUUCCCCCAUCCAGUCUAUUAUUUUGGUCUGAAAGUACAAAAUCAAUUCAUUGUCUCUUCAGCCAAAAUGCCACAGACUGUGGUGAAGUUCUGGUUAGUCCUUAUUCAGGUGAAACCCUGGUAAUUUUGAUGAGUCCUUUGCCUUGGAAAGGAUUUGGCUCUCAUCUUCUGGCAUGAGUGAUGCUUUUAGUCUACAAUUAUUUCUGUUUUGGGGUGGGGGAAGGGGAACCCAGCUACAGAAAUCUGACUGUACUGGUCUGUUUCCUGAAAUCCACAAAUAAAUUGAGCAUCCUGGAAAAG